AUGGGUCGACGUAAACGCAAGUCUAAAAAUGAACAUCCAAUAUGUACUGUAUGCCGAAUGUCGUAUUCACCUUUAUCUUCUUUAAUUCCUCGUUGCUCUUCAUGUAUUUCUUCGUGUCGAAAUACCAUUUGUGAUUCAUGUCUUCAUCGAUACAUCUAUACUUCUGUCUCGGAAGAUAUUACAAAACGGAUAAUUUGUCCCGAAGAAGGAUGUCAUGUUGAACUGGGAGAAGCUACUAUUAAUGCAGCACUUGUUAAUUUUGGCUAUCAACAUUUAUGGAAAGAUUAUGCGUUCAGAUAUAAGUGGUUUGGAACAAGUGAACAAUGGAUACGAGUAUUUGCUGUAAGAUGUCCUAGUUGUCGAGUACCUAUUGAAAAAAACGGUGGUUGUGAUCGUAUGGAAUGUAGACAGUGUCAUUUACAUUUCAGUUGGUCGCAAGCGAAAAUUCUGUACAAGAUUGGAAUUCGAAUGAAUCCAUACGGUUCAAAUCCUUUUGGUGUUGGUCCUUCAUUUCCAUAUGCAGGUGCUUUUCCUCAGCAAGGUUUCGGACAAUUUGGUAAUACUGGGGGAUUUUUUCACAGUGGUGUUCCACUUCCUGGAGGAAAUUUUUUUCAAGGUAAUCCACCAUUGUCUCCUCCUGCAACUGGCUUUCCUCCACAACCUAUAGGUGGUCAAUUCGGACAAGGCUAUAGUUUUUCUUCGGCACCUGGUGGCUUUGGCUAUCCACCAGCUUCGUAUAUGCCACCAGUACCACAACCUCAAUUUGGUGCUCCUUUUCCUCCAGAACAAUAUCAUUAUGGCAAUCAAAAUUAUUUUGGUAGUGGUGCCUAUGGCCGAACUCGAUCUCGAUCUCGUCAUUCAUCACGUCAUCGAUCUAAACCACGUCAUCGAAGUCGUUCAUCAUCUAGCAGUAGUAAUGAACGUCGAAGAAGAGGUUCACCUUUUGGUCAUCCUGGUCAUUUUUAUGGUAAUGCUUCACCUUUUGCAAAUGUACCACCAAUACCACCACGAGGUGGUUCACCUAUUAUUCCUCCUCGUCCACCUGUUUGGUAA